CGGAGGAGGACGGAGGACCCUGCAGGAGACUUCUCGGCUCUGCUCGUUCGACCGGGACCAUCGGGAGUUGCGUAGCAGCGUCUCCUCGUGGUGACGUAGGUCCGCGCGGGGCCUGCUGGGAGUUGUAGGACGUGUCCAUCACAGCGGCGGCUCGUGCGGUGUUCAGGUCUUGCUUUUCAAAGUGCAGCAUGUCCUCCACACCACAAGGGGAGCCAGAGUUCUGGCGGAAACGCAACCGGAAGUCCACAAACAUCCUGCAGGUAACGGAGCGACCUAUUAAAUAACAGUAAAGAAGAAAGCACCAUGGGAAAACCUUCAUUCAGAAAGGUGAGCAGAAGGACCGUCUGUCUGGGAUUACACUCAUGGACUGAGUUGGAUUAAAGCUCCUGGCUCCUGAGCAGACAUGUCUGCCCACAUGCUGCUGCGCUGCACUGCUCGGCUGCAGAGGGACCAUGUGGUUCUGUCUUCUGUCCUGCAGAGGGCGAUCUCUGGAGCGGAGGCUGUCAACGCUCUGCGGCCUUUUUACUUUGCAGUUCAUCCGGAUUUCUUCGGUCAACACCCCAGAGAACGGGAGGUCAAUGAGAACUCCCUGAAGAGGCUGAAUGGGUACCUGGAGAACCUGCAGAAGAACUCUUCUGGGUCUGUUCAGCCCAUGAAGCUCACGUUCUAUGUCAGAGACACAGAGAGCGUCCUGUCCUCAGGUUUUCGCGCUGUGAGCUUCACGCUGCGCUCGCAGGAUGUCCACAGCACGGUGAAGAACGUCCUGACAUUCUGCAGCCUCCCGGUGGACCACAUGAAGAGUCCCAGUGAGAGACCCCCCCGGGGGGGGACACCCUUCUACAGACCCAUCAAGUGGGACAAGAGCUACUACACCUUCACUGGGUUCAGAGACCCUGAGCAGGAGCUGCAGCAGACCAGGAGAGUGGAGCCCACCCUCAGCUGCUGGCUGAGGAGCAACGAGGCCGAAGCGUCCCGGAAGCUGCGGGACAGCGUCCCUCGCAGAGAGGAGCUGAGCCGGCUGAAGACGCAGCUGAUGGAGACAUUCCAGCUGGAAGACAUCAGGUGGCAGAGGAGCUGGGGAGUGUCUCACAGAUGUUGCCAGCUUCAGAGUCUCAGCAGACUGUCUCAGCAGAACCCUGAUAACAUGAUUAACUUACAAGGACUCACGCUGGUGUUUGCUGACCAGUCAGGGAUGAACGCCUCGGGACACGUUCUGUUGGGAACCAUGGACGUCCACCACCAGUGGAGCAAACUGUUCCAGCAGCUGCCCGGCCUGCUCCGCCUGCAGCAGGAGCUGGAUUGGCUGACGGAGCGGAUCAGCCUGCUGCUGGGCGGAGCCGUGGUGCUGCAGUCCGAGUGGCAGGGCCCGGUGCAGCCCAUCGCAGAACACUACAGAACCUUGAGAACAUUCCACAGCAAGCUGCUGGGCCCCCCACUCCGCCUGCACCCACGCAGCCUGCAGGGCCUUUCUGUGAUGCUGGACAACCACCGCUCCACCAGCAGCCUUCACGAGAUGGGGCACUUCAUCAUCCCCACGACCUCUGACCCCUCCAGGCUGCAGCUCUUCCUGCAGAGCCACGCCCCCGAGGCCCGGCAGCGCACGCAGCGCCACAAGCGGCUCCAGGCAGAGGAGGACGCUGCAGUCCAGCUGUGUCUCCGGUCCCUGUCCCUGGGCAGUCUGUCCAAAGACCCCAGCGUUGGUCCGGUCCAGAUGCUGAGCUGCUGCCGGAGGCUGCUGGACCAGCGCAGCCCGCUGCUGCAGGGGCUGCAGGUCUGCGUGUCCCACUUCUACUCCGUCAUGCAGGACGGGGACCUGUGCAUCCCCUGGGACUGGAAGAGCUGAGGGUCCAGGGCCGGCCGCGGGUGGGCCGGGUCCAAGCGGACCUGCUCCAGGACCAGUGGUGGUUCCACUGGGAGCAUUGUGUUUUUUCCAGAAGUGAUGUGACAGAACCCAGCACCUCCAGAGAUUCCCCUCAUCCAGACUUCAGAGAAUGGGCGGUGGGAUCUGAAGCCAGCCAAGACUGAAGAGUGUGUGUGUCAAUCAAUCAAUCAGUCAAUUUAUUUUUGUACAGCCCAGUAUCACAACAACAGCUGCCUCAGAGGCUUCAAGAUGUUACAUUGGUUGGUAAAAAUAA